AUGAACACUACUUCUUUAGAUGAAGAAGACGAGUCAGAUACAGAAAACGACAAUACAAUCAAUCAAGAUAGCGAGAAUGAUCACGAUACCACGGUUAUUGAUAAAUUAUACGACAGUGAUUUGCUGGAUGGGGUUCCGUCAUUCUUAUCAGACGAUAAGUACCCUGACGCAAACUGUUCCUAUUGGUGCUUGCAAGGCGAAGGGUCUGAAGAGUGGUCUUCUGGAAGGAAUGAAGAUUGGAUUGUUAACAACAAUAACAUAACAGAAAACUUCAAACAAUUACGAAAAGAGUCAUUUUCCGCAGCUUUAAAUCUCGAAAGAAUAUCAAGUGUUCGUAUAUUGACCCUCUCUCAUAUAUUUGUUAUAUCUCCCACAACUGAACAGUCUAUAACCAGUUUAACACCAAUAAUUCAUGAAGACCUGUUAGCACAAACUGACGUUUUUCGUAGAAUGGAAACCCCUAUUGAAGCAGUGCAAUGGGCAUACAAGUUACAUGAAACUCAAACAUCAGGUUAUGAACAGAAGUUAUUAGAAAUGAAUGAAUAUGCAUUGAAAUCAGAUCAUCAAAGCGUCAAUAGACACCUCGAAUUCUUGGAAGAUAUCAUGAAAUUUUACAGAGCACCACAUAAAAAUGAUACUGAAGAUAAUGCUUUAGACAGAUUAAAAAUGAUUUUUCAACAUGUUUUUUACGCUCAAAAGUAUGUUGUAAACAGUAAUACAAAACGUUUAGAGACUUCAAAACAUUACAUACCUGAUUACAAGCUAUCUUACCCUGCUCGAUCCACAAAAUUAGUUGAUCUUUUUAUAGUUGAAGCAAAACUGAACAGCAAAUCUUAUUUUCCCCACCAAGAUGAUUUCAUCAAAUUACGUUUAGAAAUGCAAAAGAUGAUCAAUGAACUAAUUUAUAUCAACGUUUCUGAACCCAUGGUGUUUGGAUUAUUAUUGACGGGCUUAGAUUGCCAACUGUAUACUAUGUACUUGAAAUACGAUGGUAUUUAUGUCUGCCGUGAAGUACAAACCUUUUCUUUGCCUCGAUCUUCUUAUGAAGAUAUUAUGCUUUGUCCUUCAAUAUUCUCGACAAUGUUAGCACUGCAAGAUAAAAUUGAUAUGAUAAUUCAAAAAAUCCAGACAAGAAAAAAGGGAAAAUCAAGCUUAUUGAAUUUGGUCCGUAAAGGUUAUGAUGCGCCAGUUCUUGUAAAGGAUCCUUUAACUUUUUUUAGCGAUAGCCAGGAAGACAGCCAGUAG